CCCGCCCCCGUCCUUACGACCGCCCCCGGUGGCGCCGCUAACAGAGCCAAGAUGGCGGCCGAGUUGGAAUAUGAGUCUGUCCUGUGUGUGAAACCCGAUGUCAGCGUCUACCGGAUUCCUCCCCGGGCAUCCAACCGCGGUUACAGGGCAUCUGACUGGAAGUUAGACCAGCCUGACUGGAGUGGUCGCCUCCGAAUCACUUCAAAAGGGAAGAUUGCUUAUAUCAAACUCGAGGAUAAAGUUUCAGGGGAGCUCUUUGCUCAGGCACCGGUAGAACAAUAUCCUGGUAUUGCUGUGGAGACAGUGACAGAUUCCAGCCGCUACUUUGUAAUCCGGAUCCAGGAUGGUACUGGGCGUAGUGCUUUCAUUGGCAUUGGCUUCACAGAUCGGGGUGAUGCCUUCGACUUUAAUGUCUCCUUGCAAGAUCACUUCAAGUGGGUAAAGCAGGAAUCUGAGAUUUCCAAAGAAUCUCAGGAAAUGGACACUCGUCCCAAGCUGGAUCUGGGCUUCAAAGAAGGACAGACCAUCAAGUUGAGUAUUGGGAACAUUACAACCAAGAAAGGAGGUGCUUCUAAGCCCAAGACUGCUGGGGCUGGGAGCCUAAGCUUACUCCCGCCCCCACCUGGAGGCAAAGUCACUGUUCCCCCUCCAUCCUCGUCAGUGGCCAUCAGCAAUCAUGUCACUCCACCACCCAUUCCAAAAUCUAACCAUGGAGGUAGUGAUGCAGAUAUCCUUUUAGAUUUGGAUUCUCCUGCUCCUGUUACAACACCAGCACCAGCUCCAGUUUCUGCAAGCAAUGACUUGUGGGGAGACUUUAGCACUGCACCCAGCUCUGUUCCAAACCAGGCACCACAGCCAUCCAACUGGGUCCAGUUCUGAAUAGCGUUGGCAGGACAUUAAGGACAGACUUGAAGAAUAAAAAUGAUCUUGAGGGCACCAAUCUGUGAGGGAAGUUAGGAACCCCUUCCCUCCCAGAACCAAAAUUACUGGACAAUCUUUUUCAUAGCUUUUCCAUUGUGUUCAAGCUGAUUUAUGUCACUCCCCUAUGUUGUUACUUGUUGUACAGCCAAUAUAGUACCUCUUACCUCCUGUUCAUAUCAAGGCAGGGGAAUAGUGGGUCUUACCAAACUUGUGCUGACUGCAGGGCUCGAAAAGCCAGGGUCUCUGGGGGGUGGGAAUGACUUCUAACAUCUGUAAAAUUUUUCUCCAUCUUUUAAAUUCUUCAGCUUAUUUCAGAAUCAUCUCAUGACUCUUGUGUGCCUCUUUGUGGAGCCCUAUUUAGCAAUUUUAGGGGACUCAAAAACCUUGAGACUUCCUUUUCCAUUAACCUAAGACUCAAAAAAUGGACAGACCGACCUCAGUGUUUACAAAUUCAGAAUUUUGGUAGGGGUGUGUAUUGAAGAAAGACCUGUUCCUGGGUCUCUGUUGGGUGUCCACCUACAGGCUUAUCCUUUUCAGUGAACAUCCAGUGCUGGGUUCAGCUCCAGCUCCCUCUUGUGUUUACAUGUCUCUUCCUUUGACGAGGGUGUUGUGUUGGUGGCGUCUCCACUGUCCUGUUUGUUGAAUAGUGCAGCAUCUUUGAUCAGUGGAUGUCUCCUGGAUGAAGGAGGCUCAAGGGGCUGUUUUCCAAGUCACAUUCUAAAGAAGUGUUUAUUUUCUUGCAGCUCUGUCUAGUUGCUGCAGAGCAUAGCAUUACUUUGUAUUUACCCCAUUAUUUGACCUAAAGUUAAAGGGUUUAGAGUUUUUAACCUGAGGGCAGAAAGGUUGAAAGCACUUAACUCUCUUUCACUACCCACACUGCCUUGCUGUCUGGGUAUCUGGCCCCUUUCCAUAAACAUUUAUUUUUCAAUCCAUCUAACUCUUCAGCAGAAAGCUGCUAUUAUAGGUGUUUUCCUUUAUGAAGGAAGCUGGCGAGUCACAGCUUUAGCUGUGAUUGGUUUUGCCCAAGUGACAGCUUCGAUACCCAUCACCCAGGGUAUCUCAAAAGCAAGUUGCUGUCCCACUGCUUCCCUUUCCCUCUGCCCCACCAUUCCUUUUACAAUGCUGUGAAGAGAGUUCCCUUUCUUAGAUGAAUGGGCACUAUCUAUUUUGUUUGUUCAUGGGUAAUCUUGAGGAUGAUAUGGGAGGAUAUUGUCUCCUCCCUUUGCACCUAUUUAGAAGUAUACACUCGGCUGAAGGGAGUCCUUAUAUUUAGUUUCAAAAUAUGUUCUCUUGGAUUUCCUUAACUCUUUUUGACUUUGGGUCCAUUGUUUUCAUUGUCUCCUGUUGCAGGCAGCUCUCUUCUUACAGCCAUGGCAGGAUGUUUUAAAAUUCCAAUAGAAAACACUAAAAGGAAAAUCUAUAGAAUCAUUAGUGACUAACUGCUGGGAACCUAUUUUCUCAAUCUUCCUCCAUGUUGUGUUCUUUGUAUUCUCAAGAUGAUAAUAUAUUAUGUAUUUGAAUUCUGAAUAAUUGAAAAUGAAGUUUAAGAUAUGUGUAUAUAAAGCAUAUGCUGUAUUGGUGCAAUAUGUUAAUUAAAAAUACAGAAAAAGG